GAAAACACAAUGUCUAACAGAGAUUCAAAUCCACCGUUCUCACUUACUCUGUUCAUUGUCUUCUUCUUGCUUUUGUUACCUGCCUCCUCUUCUUCUGCCAAGUCUUUGAAAUAUGAUGAGGAGGAUUCUUCCGGUUCUGGUUCCGGGUACUUGGUGAGGAGAGAUCAGAGGAGGGCGUUGGUUCAGACAGAGUACGGUGAUAUCUCGUCUAUCGAUGUUACCGAUGGACGGAGAGGGCCGUAUCAUGUCCAGUUCAUCACCAUGGAACCCAACUCGCUGUUCCUUCCGGUGCUUCUCCAUGCAGACAUGGUGUUCUAUGUCCACACAGGGAGUGGAACCUUGAAUUGGGCUCAUGGAGAGGAUGAUCAAAUCAACAAGGUUUCUAUAAAGAAAGGUGAUAUUCAUAGACUGCGCCCAGGCUCUCUCUUCUUUAUACAGAGUGAUUUACAGACUGAGCGUCACAAACUAAGAAUUAAUGCAAUCUUUGCAAAUACUGAGGAAGACGUAUAUGAUCCAACAAUAGGAGCGUACUCCAGUGUUAGGGACCUGGUGCGAGGUUUCGACACCAAAAUCCUUCGGUCAGCUUUUCAGGUUUCUGAGGAAGUGAUCCAGUCCAUAACAAAUUCAACAGACCACUCAGCCAUUGUCCAUGCAGUGCCCCCAACGAAGAAAGAAACCUUUUGGGAUUUGGAAGCUCGGUUCUUGAAAACGUUUAUAGGAGCCAGUUACGAUGGCACGGCAUUAAACAAGAAGAAGGAUAAGAAGCAUAAGAAGAAAGACAAAUCAAAAACAUAUAAUAUUUUUGAUACUGACCCAGAUUUCAGGAAUUGUAAUGGUUGGAGCACUACCGUGAAUGAGAGAAACUCACCUUUAUUGACUGGAUCAAACAUUGGCCUUUUCAUGGUGAACUUGACGAAGGGUUCAAUGAUGGGGCCUCAUUGGAAUCCAAGGGCAACUGAGAUCUCAGUGGUGUUACAUGGGGAAGGAAUGGUCAGGGUGGUUUGUUCUAGCACAGCAAAGAGAUCAGAGUGCAGAAAUUUGAGGUUUCGGGUUAAGGAAGGAGAUGUUUUUGCUGUACCCAUGUUCCAUCCAAUGGCGCAGAUGUCAUAUAACAACGACUCAUUGGUGUUUAUGGGGUUCAGCACCACAACUAGGAGAAAUUAUCCUCAGUUUUUGGCGGGAAAAUACUCGGUUCUCCAAACUUUGAACAGACAGAUCUUGGCGGUGUCUUUGAAUGUUACCAACACCACAGUCGAUCAGCUUUUGGCUGCACAGGUAGAAUCAAUCAUACUCGAUUGUACUUCUUGUGCUGAAGAAGAGGAGAAAAUAAUGCUGGAAGAGAUUGAAAAGGAAAGGGAGGAAGAGGAGGCUAGGAAGAGAGAGGAACAGAGGAAGAGAGAAGAGGAGCAGAGACAGAGAGAGGAGGAAGCGAGAAAGAGAGAAGAGGAGCAAAGGAAGAGAGAGGAGGAGCAGAGACAGAGAGAGGAGGAGGAAGCGAGAAAGAGAGAAAAGGAAGAAGAGAAGAGGAAGAGAGAAGAGGAGGAGGAAGAGAGGAGGAGAGAAGAACAGGAGGAAGAAGAGAGGAGGCAGAGAGAAGAGGAGGAAGAAGAGAGGAGAAAGAGAGAAGGAGAGGAAGAACAAGAGAGGGAGAGGCAACAGGAAGAAGAACAAGAAAGGAAGAGGAGAGAAGAACAAGAGAGGCAGAGGCAACAGGAGGAAGAAGAAAGGAGGAGAGAAGAAGCAGCAGCAGCAGCACGAAGGGAGCAAGAAGAAGAAGCAGCAAGAGCCCGGGAGGAACAAGAAGAGGCUAGGAGACAACAACAAGAAGAGUACAGUAGAAGAAGAGAGGAAGAGGCCCAAACAGAGCAAGAAGAGGCUAGGCGACAACAAGAGGAAAUAGAAAGAAGAACUAGACCAGAGGAGCAAGAAACAGAAGGUGACCAAGGUUUUGAUGGUGAAGCGGGAAGAAGAGAGAUUUGAAUGUGUGGAAAUGUUCAGGUUAUGUGAAUAAAAGACCGUCUUAUGCUGCCUUUAGUUCUAUGUUUCUAUGUGGUCAGACUUUCCCUCGGUCUUUCAUUUCAUGUAAUAAACUUGGAUGCCUGUCCAAAACAAAUUUUGUUGGCAUCACAAUAAACAGUGGGAAUGUCACAGAGAGUUGUAGUAGUUUAGUAGACUAGUAGUUGAGCUUUUAGUUUGCAACUGAGAUAUAAAAUUGUUAGAUUUACAC